CCGUUGCCAUUUUGACACGUUUCAUGCGACAAUAUUGUGCAGCAAGUAGAUAAACCCCACACAUUUACACUCCCCGGUUUCCAUUUCGCACGAACACUCUGAGCUAGCUGUUGAGUGAGACUCGGAGACUGACACCAUCUCUGGUUUUUGUGAUCUGCAAGGACUCCAUAAAUGGCAACUCUGGCAGCCUCACAAUUUGUAUCAAAGAGUUCCCAUGUCGAUGGAACUUCAGGGUUAGAAAUCAGAACAAACUUGGGGCAGAUGGGUAUGUGGAACCAACCCAUGGCUCACAAUGGGCUCGGAUCUUUGAGGAAUUUGGAUAUGCUUAGGAUGAAGAUCCGUCGCACUGCGGUUGCUAGGCAAGCCAUGAGGAAAUCUGAGAAGGCAGAGAGUGAUCUGUCUGUGGGGGAGACUGUAUGUGGGAAUGGAAUGAACUUGGUGUUUGUGGGGGCUGAAGUUGGUCCAUGGAGCAAAACUGGUGGCCUUGGUGAUGUUCUUGGAGGACUUCCACCAGCUAUGGCGGCUAACGGGCACCGUGUUAUGACCGUGUCUCCACGCUACGACCAGUACAAAGAUGCAUGGGACACUAGUGUACUACUUGAGAUAGAAAUUGGUGGUAGGGUUGAAACUGUUCGCUUCUUCCACUGCUACAAACGCGGAGUUGACCGUGUCUUUGUGGAUCACCCACUGUUCCUUGAGAAGGUAUGGGGUAAAACGGGAUCCAAAAUCUAUGGCCCGAGGACAGGAGUGGACUACAUGGACAACCAAUUUCGCUUCAGCUUGCUGUGCCGGGCUGCUCUGGAGGCACCAAGGGUUCUUAAUUUGAACAGCAACAAAUACUUCUCUGGACCAUAUGGUGAGGAUGUUGUAUUCAUUGCUAAUGAUUGGCACAGUGCUCUUCUUCCCUGCUACUUAAAAACCAUCUACAAACCGAAGGGGAUUUACAAAAAAGCCAAGGUCGCAUUUUGCAUCCACAACAUAGCUUACCAGGGCAGAUUUCCUUUUUCGGACUUCUCACUUCUUGAUUUGCCCGACAACCUUAAGGGUUCUUUCGACUUCAUUGAUGGGUAUGACAAACCCGUGAAAGGAAGAAAAAUCAAUUGGAUGAAAGCCGGAAUACUUGAAUCCGACAGGGUUGUAACUGUGAGCCCGUACUAUGCCCAUGAACUUGUUUCUGGAGAAGACAAAGGUGUGGAAUUAGAUAACAUCAUUCGCAAAACCGGCAUCACUGGUAUCGUGAAUGGCAUGGACGUUCAAGAGUGGAAUCCGGCCACUGACAAAUACUUAGAUAUCAAAUAUGAUAAUACAACUGUACUGGAUGCAAAGCCUUUGUUGAAGGAGGCUCUUCAAGCAGAAGUUGGGCUGCCAGUUGACAGGAACAUCCCCGUGUUUGGAUUCAUCGGUAGGCUAGAGGAGCAGAAGGGUUCGGAUAUUCUAGUAGAAGCUAUCUCGAAAUUUGUUGGAGAGGAGGACAUGCAAAUAAUAAUCCUUGGAACCGGCAAGAAGUACAUGGAGACGCAGAUAGAACAGCUAGAGAUCAAAUAUCCGGGAAAGGCCAUAGGAGUUACAAAAUUCAAUGUCCCGUUAGCCCACAUGAUCAUUGGUGGUUCUGAUUUCAUGUUGAUCCCAAGCAGAUUCGAACCCUGCGGUCUCAUUCAGUUGCACGCAAUGAGAUAUGGAACGGUGCCUAUUGUUGCCUCAACUGGUGGACUUGUCGACACUGUCAAAGAAGGUUUUACUGGAUUUCAGAUGGGAGAUUUCAACGUCGAAUGUGACAAAGUUGAUCCAGCAGAUGUAGCUGCAAUUGCUACUACUGUCAAGAGAGCUGUUGCAACUUAUGGUACUCCUGCAUUGAAUGAGAUGAUCCAGAAUUGCAUGGCCCAAGAUCUUUCGUGGAAGGGACCUUCGAAACAAUGGGAAAAGCUGCUGUUGAGCCUGGAAGUUGCUGGCAACGAACAAGGCCUUGAAGGGGAAGAGAUUGCCCCGCUUGCAAAGGAAAAUGUUGCCACUCCCUGAGCAUUAGGUUUCGAAUAUUAACGUACAAGCUAGUAUGCCAACUUCCACCUGUGACAAUGGCUACUGGUUUGUAUCACCUCCAGCUUCUUGGUGGAAAUCUAUGGGAUUGUUCUAUGAUCAAUUAAGUUUGUAAGAACAUAAUGAAUCUGACUCGUCUUUGAUGCGGUUGUGAAUACUUGGACAUAUGUUUGUAGAACACUAUGUUUUCGUGGAGUCCUAAGCUAUUAUAGUGGUCUUUGGCAA